AGUCGUUCGCUGGCAGACGCGCCGACAACGUGCGUCGCAGUCGCAGCCUUUUCCGAUUCGGGUUCAGAUCGAGAUUCGGGUUCGGAUUAACAUUCGCGCAGUGCUAGUUUUGCAGGAGUUUUGUGCGUGAUUGCAAAAAGUGUCGCCCGAGCAAAAUAGAAAAGUGCACUGCAUGCAGGUGCAUGCAAAUAAACAAAAUAAGUGCGUGUAAUUUUAAGUAUUUAAGUACUCGUCACACUGUACAUCCCAUAUAAUCGCUGCAUACCCACAUACGCAUUGCACGAAAAAGCGACGUAUCAAGACUUAUAUAUUUAAUUAAAUUUGUGAGUUGUUGGGCUCUUUGUUGUUGGUGCUGCCUAUAAUUCUGCUUCAUUUGGCGUCGCUUGAGAACGGCAAUCCCCAUCGAAUAGCAUCAUUUGUCGCUGAGCAUCGGAGCUGAUUGCUUGGCGCCCGGAGUAAUCAAAAUCGGGUUUAAAUUCGUCUAAGGUUUAUGAGUGCGGGGUGAAGCCGCUGGUGGCAAAUCAUAGCCCAUUAGAAGUUAAUAUAAAGAUCAGAUUUCUUCAACUUGUUAUUCGUGAAGUGACCCAGAAAAACGCUGCUCAAAACUAGGUCAAAGUGCUAAAAAAAUAAGCAAACCAAAACAAAAGCGGAACAAAACGGCAUGAACUUGGAACGAAGAGCAUCUGUGAAAUUUUAAUAGAGACUUCGGAGUCUCGGGUGUUUGGGCUUUCUCCCCUGGUGGCCACUUCCUCACCUGAUGACCCACCAUGAAGGGCAUCUGCGGUGAGCAGCUCAACAACUUUCUGCUCCUGGGCGACUGUGAAAAUAGCGAACAUGGCUCCGGACUGCCCGGAGAUUUCGCGGGCGAGGGAGCGGAAAUGGAGUCCGGAGGUGGAAUGGGUGGCAGUUUGACCUACGCGGCCCGCCAAAUCCGGAUGAGACAGGUGCACAGCAUGGCCGUGCGAUCGGGCAGUGCCUACGAUACCCUGGAGCGACCCUAUCGCCAUGAUAAAUCACGCGGUCGGUGGGCCAAAUCGGCGGACUUCUACUUCGCCAGCUGCACACUCGCCUUCAGUUCGCUGAUUUUCUCCGAGCUCUCCACCUUUGGAAUACUUCACGGCGGUUGGUUAUUUUUCAUAAUCGCCUACCUUAUGGGAAUGUUCUUUUACUCGCUGCCAAUAUUUUUGAUCCAAGCAUUUCUGGGACAAUUCUCAUCUUCCGGAUCGAUCUCAGCAUUUCGGGUGGCGCCCAUAUUCAAAGGCAUCGGCUACGCCAUUCUGCUCCUCAAUCUGGGCACUCUAACCUACUAUUGUAUUGGAGCUGUAGUGCCCCUUAUCUACACUGUGAAUUCCCUGCAUAAGGUGUUACCCUGGAUGAGUUGCAACAACACAUGGAAUACCAAGGAAUGUUCCUUGCACGACAAUUACGAUGAAAAUGACUAUAGAGUCGAUCCCCAUUCCACCGUGGAGUUCUUUAGGUCUACGAUUGCCUCUACUCAAGAAGGUUCCAGUCCAAUGAGCAUAUCUUGGUCAAUGCUCAUAGGCGUUUUAGCCAUUUGGGUGGUGGUUCUGGCCUUGCUUUUUAAGCCUGUGGCUUUUAUUGGUAAAGCCCUGCGAUGUUUCUGUAUACUGAUGUUCGGUUUUUUUGUGGCUGUAUUUCUAUUCGUGGUUAUUCACGAAGAAGUCACGUUUGAUACGCUGCAAUAUUACUGGUUGCCCCAGGUGGAUAGCUUAGAUAGCAUCCUUGCCACGGUCCGCACCGCCCUCCUGAUGGCCGGGGUGGCCUUGGGUCCAGGAUGGGGCAGUAUUAUAACCCUGUCCAGUUACAACAACUUCCGCAGCGAUGCCGAAAGAUUGAGCUUCUGGGUGUGCCUUACUCAUAUCACGAUCGGUUUAAUGGGACUUCUCUGCUGCAAUGUGGCCCACGAUCACUUUGAAGACCAUGUGGGCAUGAUGCCUUUGCAUGUGGAUGAGAAGCAUCAUAUGCAGUUCCUGUACCUCUGUUUCUCCUAUUUGCUUGGGAGGUUUACGACGACACCAAAUCUCUGGUCUUUUCUCUUCUUUGGCAUGAUAUUCUUAUCGGAACUUUGUGCCUUGAUAAUCCAAAUGAUGUCUGUCAUAACUGCCUUGUUUGAUGAGUUCGAGACGUUGCGAUCGAAAAGAACGAUAGUAAUAUCUUCAUUGGUCUUCUGCCUCACGGCCUCCUCAGUUUAUUUUUGUACUCAGUUGGGCUUCAGUCAGCUGACUCAGCUGCCCAAUUUGGCGGUGUUUACUCAUGUGUUUAUCUCGGGAGUGCUUCUGCUGAUGACCACUUGGGUUUAUGGUCGCGUCCGAUUCCAGUGCGAUUUGCAGUUUAUGCUGGGCAAAACGAUCUCAAGUUUUAAAAUAUUCUUCAUACGCUUUGUCACACCCAUUUUUCUGGGACUGUGUUUGUUCCAGCUAACUUAUUUAUUUUCGCGUGAUCGCAUCCACGACGUCCUGCUUUACAUGAGUCAGGGAUUGAUCAUCUUAACGGCCAUAUCGUAUAUGGUUUAUAAGGUGUGUCGUACGAAUGGCGGCUGGCGCCAGCGAUUGCAACAGUGCCUCGCACCACAUGACUGGCAUCCGGUGGAUGCGGACAACCGUCGAUUUUACGAGGAAAUCAUGGGCAUCUCCGAGAUGCUGGUGAUCGAUGCCAAUGCCAAUACCACAUAG